AUGGGAUCAGGAGAUAAUCAUUGCACCUUUUGGAACAGAGAGUUAAGAGUAAUUCAAUUAAAUACCUUCCUACAUGCUAACGGAAAAAUUGUUGCUUUUCAUCAAAGUGAUGAAUUGCUUUAUAUUAACAUGCACCAAUUCACCUCAGUGACAUUCCCCCCAGAUGACAACCGGUUUGAGUGA